AAAAGGAAGAAAACGGAAAAAAUACUAGAAAGUCAAACAAAACAAGAAAAAGAAAAAAAAGACGAAAGAUGAAGAACAAGGCGUCGUCGUUUAGUUUCCUUAUUUCUUUUCCGGACUGAUCAACCAACAUGCACCUCUCCCUCCUUACUUCUAUAACCUCUCUCUCUCACACAGUCACGCACUACCAACAACUUCCACAACUCCUCUUCCAAAUUCUUCUCUGUUUUUUUUUUCUUUCUGUCUCUGCCUUUCUUCUCUGACAUAUAUAUAUAUAUAUUUAUAGUAGACUAUAUCCACACUUAAUUUGGAAAAAAAUAUAUAAGAAAGUUGCGGAACAAGAAUUUUGAUACUUUUAUCAAUGGCGGAGUCGGUGGAGCUGCCGAGUCGUUUGGCUAUAUUGCCUUUCAGGAACAAGGUGUUGUUGCCUGGGGCGAUUAUUCGAAUUCGCUGCACUUCUCCCAGCAGUGUGAAAUUGGUAGAGCAGGAGUUGUGGCAGAGGGAAGAGAAGGGGUUGAUUGGCAUUCUCCCAGUAAGAGAUUCAGCGGAGACUGCUACUGUGGCCUCCUCCUUGUCUCAAGGUCUCGGAACUGAUACAGUGGAAAGGAACCCUAAAGGGCAAUUAGGAUUUCCGGAUGCCCACAAACAUGAAGGCAAAAAUGCGCAGGAAGUUAUUCAUUGGCAUAAUAGGGGAGUUGCUGCUCGAGCUUUGCAUCUCUCAAGAGGAGUGGAGAAGCCCAGUGGGAGAGUGACAUACAUUGUUGUGCUCGAAGGUCUUUGCAGAUUCAAUGUGCAGGAGCUGAGUACUAGAGGGACUUAUUAUACUGCUCGGAUUACUUCUCUUGAUAUGACAAAGACUGAGAUGGAACAAAUUGAGCAAGACCCAGAUUUCAUGGCUUUGUCUCGUCAAUUUAAAGCCACUGCUACGGAGCUUAUUUCUGUUCUUGAGCAGAAACAAAAAACUGGCGGAAGAACGAAAGUACUCUUGGAGACUGUUCCAGUACACAAGCUGGCAGAUAUUUUUGUUGCUAGCUUUGAGAUUAGCUUUGAAGAGCAGCUAUCCAUGUUGGACUCAGUGGAUGUGAAAGUGAGGAUUUCUAAGGCUACCGAGUUAGUUGACCGGCAUUUGCAGUCAAUUCGUGUGGCAGAGAAGAUCACACAGAAGGUUGAAGGACAGUUGUCAAAGUCACAGAAAGAAUUCCUUCUCCGCCAGCAGAUGCGGGCUAUUAAGGAGGAACUUGGCGAUAAUGACGAUGAUGAGGAUGAUUUAGCUGCUCUUGAGAGGAAGAUGCAAGGUGCAGGAAUGCCUUCAAAUAUCUGGAAGCAUGCUCAAAGAGAACUGAGGCGACUCAAAAAAAUGCAACCUCAGCAACCUGGAUAUAAUAGCUCUCGUGUUUAUCUUGAGCUUCUUGCUGACCUUCCUUGGCAGAAAGCUAGUGAGGAACAUGAAUUAGAUCUCAAGGCUGCAAAAGAGCGCCUUGACACUGACCACUAUGGCUUAGUCAAGGUUAAGCAACGAAUAAUUGAGUAUCUGGCUGUUCGAAAGCUAAAACCUGAUGCUAGAGGCCCAGUAUUGUGCUUUGUGGGUCCUCCAGGUGUUGGAAAAACAUCAUUGGCUUCAUCCAUAGCUGCUGCUUUGGGCAGAAAAUUUAUACGCAUAUCACUUGGUGGUGUUAAAGAUGAAGCUGAUAUCAGAGGGCACAGGAGGACAUACAUUGGAAGCAUGCCCGGACGGCUUAUUGAAGGAUUGAAGAGAGUAGCUGUUAACAACCCUGUAAUGUUGCUGGACGAGAUUGAUAAAACGGGGUCUGAUGUACGGGGAGAUCCUGCUUCAGCAUUGCUGGAGGUUCUUGAUCCUGAGCAGAACAAAACAUUCAAUGAUCACUAUCUAAACGUUCCGUAUGACCUUUCAAAAGUCAUUUUUGUCGCCACUGCAAAUCGGAUUCAGCCUAUUCCUCCCCCGCUCUUGGACAGGAUGGAGGUCAUUGAGCUGCCUGGAUAUACACCUGAAGAAAAGUUAAAAAUUGCAAUGCAGCAUUUAAUUCCUCGAGUUCUGGAUCAACAUGGUCUAAAUUCUGAUUUUCUUCAAAUUCCCGAGGCGAUGGUGAACAUUGUCAUCCAAAGGUACACUAGAGAAGCUGGUGUCCGAAAUUUGGAAAGGAAAUUGGCUGCCUUAGCUCGUGCAGCAGCUGUGACCGUUGCCGAACAAGAAGAAGCAGUGCCUCUGAGUAAGGAUGUGCAGCGGCUUGGUCCGCCUCUGUUAGAAAGCAGGAUUGCUGAUGGGGCUGAAGUGGAAAUGGAAGUCAUUCCUAUGAGUGUGAAUAAUCAUGACAUAUCAAGUGCAUUUAAAGUUUCGUCACCAUUGAUUGUUGAUGAAGCUAUGCUGGAAAAAGUUCUAGGGCCUCCAAGAUACGAUGAUCGGGAAACUGCAGAACGAGUAGCUAAUCCUGGUGUAUCUGUUGGGUUGGUCUGGACAGCAGUUGGUGGAGAAGUCCAGUUUGUCGAAGCUACUGCAAUGGUGGGAAAAGGAGAUUUACAUCUCACAGGCCAACUUGGGGAUGUGAUAAAAGAAUCGGCACAGAUUGCUUUAACUUGGGUACGUGCAAGAGCAACAGAACUUAAUCUGGUUACUGCAGAAAACAGUAAUCUGCUAGAAGGCCGUGAUAUUCACGUUCAUUUCCCUGCUGGUGCUGUGCCGAAGGACGGACCUUCAGCUGGUGUCACUCUUGUUACUUCUUUAGUGUCACUGUUCAGUCAAAAAAGAGUAAGAGCAGACACCGCUAUGACAGGGGAAAUGACUUUGCGGGGUCUUGUUUUACCCGUUGGUGGCAUCAAGGAUAAGGUUUUGGCAGCCCAUCGAUAUGGAAUUAAAAGAGUGAUUUUGCCGGAGAGGAAUUUGAAGGACUUGGUGGAAGUGCCGUCUCAUGUACUCUCUAGUCUUGAGGUAACGCGUCUUGCAACCAAAAUAUAUAAUAAUCACAAUAAGCUUGGGGCGUAGGUAUCAUGUAGAUGUGAAAAACUUUUUAUGAUGGGAAAGGUUAUUAAUGGAAGAGCUCAUUAUUCACUCAAAUUUUGGCACUUACCAUACUCUUGGCACAAAGAUUGUCAUUGUAAUCUUUAUCUGUUCUAUAAGCAGGCAUCAGGUAGAUUGUUUAUGCACUGAAUUUUAUUUUCUUUUUUACACAAGAUGUUAUAACAUCGUUUGCAAAUUAAAUUUGUAAUUUUUUCUUUUUUGGGGUGGAGGGGAUCAUGUAGGCUAACUUUACCAAUCUCAGUACUUUGAAAGAAAUUUAAUUAUUUAUGUUUUUCUACCAAUUGUAACUGGUUGAAGCAGAUUAUCCUUGCGAAACGGAUGGAAGAUGUGCUAGAGCAGGCUUUUGAAGGUGGUUGUCCUUGGAGAAUACAUUCGAAGUUAUGACAGUCACCAUCAAACUACCAACCUCGACUAUCUAUCGCCUAAUGAUCUGGCUGUUAAGCUUGUAUACCGCGGAUUUUUGUCAAUCAAACGAAGAAGGCAGAACAAAAUUGCCCAGAUCUAGAUUAACUGAUCACCCCGGUACCACGCAAUGGCUGAAAUUUGCUGAAAUUCAGUCCUAUGUAUUAUUCUUAGCUCUUCACCCCAUUGUAACUGUGAGCCACAGUUACCUUCUUUUGUUCUAUAUUUAACACAGGUCAAAUUUCUAUAUAAUAUGUAUCAGUUACCCAAGAAUACACUUACUGUAGUCUUGAAGUCGAUGACUUCAGCUGCAAGUUGUUGAGGUAUUGGAGUAAUAUUAUCCUAUAUGUUUUUCUGAAAGGUGUUCUGAGUAAAUAUUAAGAGAAAGGGACUGCAUAAAUGCAGGAACAUCUUUUGUGGUGUUAUUGUUAAAAUCCUCUUGACUAACAAAAACACAAGCCAUUGUUACUUAUCGUUGGCCAGAUCAUUUCUUAAUAAUCUUGCACUAAUCAGAAAGAACCACGCUGAGUUUAGUUAGAAG